GUUCGAAUUAUAGUACUACAAUAAAUAACCCUCCCUUCUUCUCUCUUUCCUCCAUCCUCCUUUCAUAAAACUCUCCUUCAUUUCUGUACUUCCCUUUGUUCAAUUCUAGCAACUUCUUUUUUUUUCCUCUUUCACUUAUAGCAAGAAUCUUGAUUCAUUAAAAAAAAGAGGCUAUAAUUUAAAUUUAAAUUCAAAUGAAGAUUCAAUGUGAAGGGUGUAACAAGAAGGAAGCCAUUGUUUUUUGUACAGCAGAUGAGGCUGCACUUUGUGAUGAUUGUGACCAUCGUGUCCAUCAUGUCAAUAAACUUGCUAGCAAACAUCAACGUUUCUCACUUCUUCAACCAUCUCCUAAACAAACCCCUAUGUGUGACAUCUGUCAGGAAAGGAGGGGUUUCUUGUUUUGUCAACAAGACAGAGCUAUUAUGUGUAGAGAGUGUGAUCUUCCAAUACACAAAGCAAAUGAACACACUCAAAAACACAAUAGAUACCUUCUUACUGGUAUAAAACUCUCAGCAAACUCUGCUCUCUACUCUUCUCCAUCAAAAUCACAAUCAGCAAUUUCCUCCGUCGAUUCGUCUGUUUCAAAUUUGAAGUCUCAGAACCCCAUUAGUAAGCCUGUUGUUACUAGCAACACUAAGGGAGCAGCAGCAGCUGUGGAAUCAGUGAAAGUUGUUAAGGAGAAAGUUGGUGGAUGUAAUAAUAAUGGGCAAUUGAUGAAUGCAGUAGGGGGAAAUAACUUAACAAGUAGUAUAUCAGAGUAUUUAGAGAUGUUGCCUGGUUGUCAUGUUGAAGAUUUUCUUGAUUGUUCUACUACUAAUGGUUACUCCGAGAAUAUUGGUGAUGAGGAUAUGUUGUCAUUUUGGGAUACUGAUCUUGAGAGUCAAUUGAGUUCUUUUCCACCACAAAAUGUUGGUAUUUGGGUCCCUCAAGCCCCUCCUCUUCCAGAGUCAAAGCAGGAGACUCAGACCCAACUUUUUACUCCUUCAAUUUUGAACUUUGGUGAGCAAAUUGGGCUAAAAGAAUCAAGAGAAGUUACUAACAUCAAGUCCAGUAGAAAGUGGACAGAUGAAAAUUCAUUUGCUGUCCCACAGAUCAAGCCACCUUCCACUUCUUUCAAGAGAUCAAGAAAUUAUUGGUAGAAAACACCAACGAACAAACUUCUCUGUGUCGUUCCAAUUUUAUACUGACAUUUCUAUGCAAGGAUGACACGCAACAAAUUGAGAAGACUUCAAUAAUCUUUUUCUCUAACUUGUUCGUCACUUUUUUUUAUCUUUUUCUUGAUUUAAUUUGACCCUUGAAAAAGUGAUGAUGACCCUUGUCCUUUUUGCUCUAAUACAAUUGGCUUUGUUGUAGUUCUUGAAAUGUUUGCUUGUUGUACGUUGUACUAGCUAGUGCAAGGAUCUUUUUGUUGUUGUAAUUAUCUUUUUGUGAAUCCUAUGAAUGGAAACUCUAGCUUUAGAUAUUGAGUGUGUGACAAAAUAUCUCAGGUCAUGUUCUUUUUUUGUAUUUUGAUGAAAAUUUUCUUGUUACAA